CUUCGCCAAAUUCAAUAAGGAAUCAUUGUUCAAGAAAGCUUCAAAUUUCUGCUCAGAUCAACCCAUUUUAAGCUCAAUUGCUCCACUAUAUCAACAAAAAAUCAGGAGAUUAAGGACAACGUCUCUGUAAUACGAGAAGUUUAAAAGUUUGUCAAUUUCCAUAAAUUUUUGUUAGAGGAACGAAGAUUCAUUUUUACUUAAAGAUUCACUCAGAAUGUCUCAAGCUAAAGUCGCUAGUAUGAGUGCUGUAUCUACUUCCUCUAUGUCUCAGACGCUUAGAAUGUCAUGGAGACAGUGGCGUACAGAGAGCAGCUCGACAUAUGCUAAAAGAUGUGAGAUAGAUGUGUUGAAUUGUGUUGAUUUUAUUCGUGAAAACGAAAAGGAGCCGGAUAGAUUGGUUGAAAUUUGUGAUUUCCCUAUUUAUGAGAACGAUGGCGUAAUUCACGAAUUGUGUGUUAGUGACAAGGAAACAGGGAAGCAGAAUAAGAAGAAUGUGGUUUAUUUGCAUGGAUAUGGAGCUGGACUUGGAUUUUUCUUUCAGAACAUCGAUGAAUUAACGAAAGGAACGACAAAAAGGCAUAACAGUUACUUUGUCGAUUGGUUGGGUAUGGGGAACUCCUCUCGUCCGCCCUUUAAAGUCAAGGGAAAGACUUCAGCUGAACGAGUACACGAAGCUGAAAAUUUCUUUGUAGAAUCGUUGGAAUGCUGGCGUAUUAAACAUAGAAUUGAGAGCAUGGUUCUUGUGGGCCAUAGCCUUGGAGGAUAUUUGAGCGCGGUUUAUGCGAUGCGUUAUCCUGAACGUGUUGAAAAGUUAAUGUUGGUAAGUCCGGUUGGUGUUCCAGAAUGUCCGUACGCGACAGAUGACGACGCUGAAGAAUAUCCGAAUUUCGCUACUUCUGCGCUUCAUGCUAUGACGGAUGAUACCCCUAAGACGAACGUAGCGAAUGAAUUAUUACAAACGCAAGAUGAAAUUUCCGGCAAAACCUCUCCUCGUUCUAUAAAGCCGAAGAAUCCCCUUCCAAGAUGGAUCACCUUUUUAUGGGAACAGAACGUGACUCCUUUCGCUCUUUUGAGAUUUAGUGGGCCGCUUGGACCAAAGCUAACCAGCUUUUGGACAUCCAGACGCUUUUCGACUUUACCAGAGAAUGUCUUUCAGGCGCUUCAUGCAUAUUGCUAUUCCAUAUUUCGUUUGAAAGGCUCUAGUGAGUAUGCUCUUGGAAGUCUACUAGCACCAGGCGCUUUUGCAAGAAAGAGCAUCCAUAAUCGAUUGCAUAGAAUUAAAUGCCGAACAAUUUUUAUGUAUGGUGACAAAGACUGGAUGGACGACAUAGCUGGUUUGAAGGCCGUUGAGGUUUUAUCACAAUUUAACGUUGAGGCUGAACAUCAUUAUAUCACAAACGCUGGUCAUCACUGCUAUUUAGAUAAUCCGAAAGAAUUUAACGCGUUGGUUUUGGAAGAAAUUCUUUAAGAAAACUGAAGAAUCAAAUCAGUCGGCCCGGCCUUGCCUCCUCCUUUCUGGUUUUGCUCAUUAUUUAUUCCUUAUAGUUUCUUUGUUAUUUACCUUACUGUUAAUAAUUUUUGAUGAUCAUCGUUUCCCAAUCAAUCUUUAUGUACGAAUUUAAUUUCCUUGAUGCCUACAAUUGCUGUGAAUAUUUGAGGUUAAGCUUAUUGUGUGUCAGUCACUCAUCCUUGAGAUUCCCUGCAUUGUCGAUUGUUAAUUAUUUGGUUUUAUGUAACUAUUGCUUUAAUUUAUUGAAAUA